CUUUAAAAAAAAAUUUGCCCGACUAACGACUAAUUUUAACUUCUGUAGCUAUCGACCGUUCAAAGAAUAUUUCAUUAAAUUCUUGCCCCCAGUUCAAAUGGUGAUGGCACACCUUUAAUCCCAGUACUCUGGAGAUACAGGUAGGAGGAUCUCUGAAUUCAAGGUUAACCUUGGCUACUGCUUGAGUUCCAGGACAACCAAGGCUACACAAAGAAACCCUGCCUCAGACGAUGAUGACGACAACAACAACAAGUAUUUAGAUCUUUAUUUACUUUAAAUGUCACAGCAAAAUCAUGCUUAUAUCCCUUGUGGAAUUUUUGAAAGCUUAAAAGUUAGGACAGUCAGUUGUGAUGUGGAGGUGGAGGCAAGAGAAUCAGGAGUUUGGGUCGAUCUGUCCUACACAGCAAGUUUGAGGUCAGCCUUGGCUAUAUGAGAUCUUGGCUUAAACAUAUGGGUAGCUGAGAAUGAUGGGAGUGAUGAACCCCAGCUUAAUCCCCACACUUGGGAGGCAGAGGUAGGUAGAUGCCUGUGAGUUCCUGGCCAGCCUACUCUACAUAGUGAUACGUAUGUGUUCUAUUCACUAAUAGAAAAAAGUGGGGUUUGGUGAUUGGGGCUUCGUAGCAGAAAUGGAGGCUGGAUGCACACAGGAAGCUGAGGCAGGAGGAUCAGGAGUUUGAAGCCAGCCUAGGCUACAUGAGACUCUCAAGAAUAAAUAGACUAGUACUAGAAUCUUCUAGACUCAUUGCUAACAAACCUAACCAGGUGAACUCUUUUUAGAUCACACAGUUAAGUUUAGGAAUUAUCAUUGUCCCUAAUCUAUAUGUAGGACCGUGAUGCAAAUUCCAGUGUCAACUCAAGUCUAGAUUGUACCGUUAUAGAUCCUUACUGGGAUACAAAGUGGAAGUCCGUCCUCAAUAACUUCCAUUCCCACUUUUCCUUUGCACUCCAAAUUUUCAAGUCAUGGCUCUCUUUACCAUCCCUGGUUUCUGCCCAUGUCCUACCUCAGCCGUUACACUCUGAAGUGAUGCAGAACCCGAUUUUAGAAAAGAAAAGCCAGUUUGAGCCUCGCCUCCGUUCUUGUAGUCUCGGGAUUCGAACCUGAGCUCUACUAUCUAUACUGCAACACUGGCGAGUCCCCGGAAGGAGAGAGAGCGGACUCGAGGACUACAUUUCCCAGCAGGCCGUUUGAGAGUGUGUAUGCGCAAUAGUCCUGGAUGGUGCAGUGACCGAUGAUCCGGUUCCAAAGCUGGGAUCCCAGAGAGCUGCUGACUCUUCUGGAAGGACGGGCGGACCGUCCGGACAAUCCUGCCCGGGCCGGAGACACAGGCCCCAUGGGGAUGGAAUCUGUCACCUGUAGGACCAUGGCUUGCCUACGAGAUCCACACUCAGAGCCCUCAUCUUCCAGCUUGGUGACAAUGCCGGCCUGAACCUGGGUCUCAGACAUGGAGUUCCUGCCAGGACCCCAGCAUCCCCCAGGGCCCCCAACCAUGGACUUGGAGGAGCCCAAAGGCCCCGAGGUGCCCUCUGAGAACCACCCCUCUAACACCCAGUCGGCCUUAGGGCCUGGAGGCCCUGUCACCCUGAGUGAGAUGGAGCUGGACACAUCCAGUGUGCAGGAGCUGGUUCAGCAGCUAGAAGCUCUACCCAGCGACCUGGGUGGCCCAUUCCCAGAUGGAGCCCCCUGUCCCCUGCACAUUGCUACCGGCCAAGGACUUGCCACCCAGGAGAACCCAGAUGCUGGUGGGCUCUUGUCGGCCGAGGCAGGCGGGGACGACCUUCUGGGUCUGCUGAGGGAUGAGGCCUCUUCGCCUGCCCAAUCUGUCCCCCAAGAUCCUGCACAGACUGCACCCCGCCUUCUGCAGCCGCCAGAGGACCCUGAUGGGGACCCGGGAUGGAUGGAAGGGGCAUCAGCAGAGCCAGCAGACAGCAGGAGCUCCAGCAGUUCCCCGGAGCCCUGGCUGGAGACAGCACCCCUGGUGACACAGCAGGAACCACCUGUGGGUACCCAGAGCCGGGAGACCCUGGCCUCGUGCCCUGCCGUCACCGAGGUCCCAGGUCCCUGUGGGCCGGAGGAGCUCAUGGAUGGUGUCAUCUUCGGGGCGAAAUACCUGGGCUCCACCCAGCUGCUGUCAGAGCGCAGCCCGGCGCCCAGCACACGCAUGGGGCAGGCGCAGGAGGCCAUGGACCGCGUCAAGGCCCCUGAAGGCGAGACCCAGCCCAUGGUGGAAGUGGACAUCUUUAUCUCCACCAAGCGUGUCAAAGUGUUGGCUGCUGACUCCCAGACCAUCUCCUACAUCGCAGACAUUGGGCCUGUACUGGUCUUGAUGGCCCGGAGGCGGCUGGCCAGGAGGACAACUCCCCAGGACCGCCAGCGGCGACUCUACAAGAUGCUGUGCCAUGUCUUCCACUCAGAGGAUGCCCAGCUCAUAGCACAAGCCAUCGGCCAGGCCUUCAGCAUCGCCUACAGCCAGUUCCUACAGGAGAACAGGAUCGACCCCAGCCAGGUGGGCACGCAGCCCUCAACCGCUGCCAGCCACCCGCACAACGGCGACCUGGACCACUUCUGCAACAGCCAGAACUGUAGGGAGGUUUGCAUCCAGAAGCGGCCAGGUGAAGGCCUGGGCGUCGCGCUAGUUGAAUCAGGCUGGGGCUCGCUACUGCCCACUGCGGUCAUUGCCAACCUGCUCCAUGGGGGCCCUGCCGAGCGCUGCGGGGCCCUGAGCAUAGGGGACCGCGUCACUGCCAUCAAUGGAACCAGCCUGGUGGGGCUGUCGCUGGCUGCCUGCCAGGCUGCGGUGCGCGAGGUGCGGCGACUUUCAUCCGUGACGCUGAGUAUUAUCCACUGCCCACCGGUCACCACGGCCGUCAUCCGCCGGCCCCACGUGCGCGAGCAGCUGGGCUUCUGUGUGGAGGAUGGAAUCAUUUGUAGCCUGCUGCGUGGGGGCGCUGCUGAGCGUGGUGGAGUCCGCGUUGGACACCGCAUCAUUGAGGUCAACGGGCAGAGCGUGGUGGCUAUGCCCCAUGCGCGCAUCAUCCAGCUGCUCACAGAGACAAGAGAAAUCCACAUCAAGACCAUGCCAGCUGCCACCUACCGACUGCUCACGGGACAGGAACAACCAGUAUACCUAUGACUGCCCCACCCAUGUGUGCCUUCAUCCCUGCCACCGUCACUCCUUCACUGGCAGGGACCAAAGAGUCCUCAGUCUUGUAUUAUUUUCUAAUAUAAAAAAUUUUUUUUAAAGAUUUA